UACUCUUUCACUAGAAACUGAAAAUAAAUAUUCUGAAGAGAUGCAGUGGAUUUUAAGGUCAUCAGCAGCAAGAUCCUUCGAAGGAAAAUGGUCUCCAAAAAUCAGACAACCAAUCUGCAAUGACUACCCGGAAGAUCUGGAAGAUAAUGUUACACUGGUUUUCCGUAAGCCUAGUUGGCAGCUCAGAGCCAGCCUUGCCUCUGUGUUGAUCACCCCUGUCCUCUACCAACUCUACCUCAUUAUGGUCACCAUCAGAUACAUACUCUUCUUACAAACUUUUUCCUCUCCCCCACAUCCUGCUUGCCCUGUGGUUGACUUGAGUUGGACCGGAGUGUUUCCUUGUGAGCUGGGAUGGAGGGGGAGUGCACUGGUCGUUCUCAUUCUGUCAGCUGUGCUUAUCACCUGCUACUCACUCAUCACUGCCUGCUUGGUGAGAUGGAACCCUCGGAAACAAUGGAACAUUCAGUAUUGCACUACAUUAGUUUUUGAUACUCAAGAGAAACCGACCAAGUUCCAAGUGAGAGUUCAGAGCACUAAUGGACUGAUGUUGCCCCCCACUCUCAGUCUGUGUAUACUGUUACUGAUAUUCCGCUUACUGUUACAGUCAGGAGAUGUUGAAGCAAACCCUGGACCAACGCUUGGUUCAAUUCUGAUGCUCAGUGAUUUGAAUUCUGUUUAUGAAAAACUGAUAGAAGCUGCUGGAAAUUGGUUUAAUCUGGGACUCGCUCUGGGAUUAGGUCAUGGCACCCUCGAUGAUAUAAAGGAUGACUAUCACAGGAACAAGGACUGUCUACGUGAAAUGAUAGUUGCUCGCUUGAAGACUGGCCCUCUCACCUAUUUUGAAAUAUGUCAAAGUCUCAGUGCACCAACAGUUGAUCGGAAUGAUGUCGCUGAGGCUAUAGAGGAGGCAUGUACAGUUGACGAUACUUCACCUGGGUCAUCUGUGAGGCCAACAUUAUGCACAACGACUCCCGAACCAACCAUUGAGGAUACUUCACCAGGGCCAUCUAAGAGGCAGAAAUUGUCCACAACGACUCCUGGACCAACCGAACCCAAAUCCGAUAAUCAUUCCACCAUCCAACAAGAUGAAGCAAUAGGAAUUUAUCGAUCAUACUUAACUAGUAUUUACGAUACAAGAUCUCUCCCUGCUGACGACAAAUAUCCUCUCCAGUGCAUUAAACACUUUGUUAACCUAGAAUGUGUGGAUGUAAGUAAACAUUUAUCCAGAAAAGAUAUCGAAGAGUCCUGGUCAAAAAUUGUUCAGGGCGAGCUGCCAGUGAAUAGAUUUCCUAGAGAGAGAAUCACAAUGGACCAGUUAGCUUCCAAAGUAGAGGGCAAAUUCUCGAAACUAGUUGUCAUUAAAGGGGCCCCUGGAGGAGGUAAGACGACUUUGUCAUGGGAACUGUGCAGACGAUGGGCUAAUGGUGAUUUUUGGAGAGAUUACUCCCUCGUUAUAUUGCUCCGACUUCGAGAUAAGAAUGUUCAGGAAGCUGUAGAAUUAGUUGAUCUAUUUCAAUGUGAAAAUACUGAUGCUUCCACAAGUAUUGUUGCUACUACUACUAUACAAAAUCAUCAUGGGCGCGGUAUUCUUUUCAUUUUGGAAGGCCUGGAUGAGUUGCCACCAUCCCUUAGAGAAAAAAAGUCCAUGUUUAUGAAGCUAAUAACUGGACGUCUUCUGCCAGCUAGUACCGUGCUUGUUACCACUAGGCCCUGGGCUGUAUGUGAUCUACCUGUCACUUGUAGCUCAAGAGUUGAUCAGUUCAUUGAAAUCUUAGGUUUUUCUUCCAAACAAAUUCAAGAAUAUAUUGAUCUAAUGAUCAAAGAUGGGAAAGCUCCACCAGAACUACGUGAAUACAUUGACUCUAAUCCACAAAUAUCUAGUGCAAUGUAUAACCCUCUUUAUGCCAGAAUUGUAGUUGAAAUUUACCAAGAAUGCCAUGACAAAGAUUGCCAUGACAAAAAAAGCAAUAGCAUAUUUCCUAACACAACAACCGAACUUUACACCACAUACUCUCAAAUUUUAAUUGAAAGAUAUUUACAUGAAAAUCCAGUGUACUUAGACAGUGAUUGGAGUGGUGAGCUGAGUGAGUUACCUUCGUCACUUCAGGUACAUUUUGAUAAACUCUGCCGAAUUGCGUACAAAGGAAUAACAAAAGAAAAACAACAAUUGGUUUUCUUCAAGGAAGAUGUUGUUGAUGCUAGCACUACACUCGGAUUCAUGAACAGUGUACAUCCUUUACAUAAAUUUACAAAUAAAAGCAACGGUUCUCCAUCUUACAAUUUCCUUCAUCUAACACUGCAGGAGUUCUUGGCUGCAUUCCAUAUAUGGAGAACAUACCCCCAACAGAAACAGCUACAGUUCAUUGAGACACAUUCUGAAAAGUACAAUAUGAUCAUCUUAUUUUUAGUUGGUCUCACAAAAUUGUCGGAUGACUGGACAAAAUGUAUUCUACCUGCUCCACGAGUUAGAUCAUCAGACAAUGAGUUGGUGAUUUACCUCAAUAGAGAACACAUACUCUGGCUUUAUGAAACUCAAAAUAAACAACUAAUUUCUUCUUUUGAGAAUGUUGUACUCCCUAUGAAACUAAUACAGUCAGGUUUGGAUCCCUUGUAUUUCCUUGCUCUAGGCUAUUGCAUAGCAGUAGGAAAAUUCAUGCUAGAAAUAAAGGUCAGGUUCGCCAACAAAAAAUUAAUGGAAGAUCAAAAUCAUCUUCAUUUUAUGGCUGGACUCAAGAGAGACAAAUGCUCUUCACAAAUCAAAUUCUUAGAUAUACUGUGGGGUAAACACCCAUUCCCUGAUAGUUUGUACAAAUUAUUCAACUAUGUUCCAGAUGCAAAACAAGGAGUGCUACGUGUAUAUAAUGCUGGCUGCAAUCCGAUGGCAAGCAGAUUUUCACAAUUCCUAAUUUCACAAUUAAACAUUCAACAUAAUAUAGAGAAUAUACCCUCAUCCAAUUCGCUGAAUUCAUUAAAAGUAAUUAACUAUUUUAUAACUCUGAAGAUAUUACAUUGUCAUAUUGAUGACUCGAACAUGCCUAUCAUUAUGAAUGAAACAAUUCCGUUAUUCUAUACCUCUUUGGAAUAUAUGGAAGUUAGGAUAGCCAUAAGCGUUGAUGAUAGACAUGAUGAAGAAUCAGAACAAUACCUACUAUUUGGAUUGAACAUAAAAAGGUUCAAAGAACUAAAGCGUUGUCAAUUAUUCCCUUCGAAUUUUGGUCCAAUAUGCACAGGUGAUUUUAUCGAACAGGCAAAUAAAUUUACCGAUCAUUUUGCUGACUUUUUGAAAUAUUUUGCACUAUUCACUGGUUAUAGUCGACUACCCACUUUUAUAAUAAAACGCUUAGUCUGUCAUUCCCUCUCAAAGUGUCCUUUGCUGGAAAAGCUAACUAUUGAUUUUAUAUCACCAGAUCCAAUUGCUGCAAGUGGACAAGAUUUAACACUGCAAAAUCUUGAUAGUAUUUUCACUGCACUCAAAGAAAAUUCUUCAGUUAGAGAAUUAUCUUGUAAAAUAAAAGUGGGCUUCACAUCAAAUGAAAUUAUCGAUCACUUCUGUACCAAGCUGCAGCAAAACACUUCUCUAGAGGAAAUAGAUCUUGAGGUGCUUAAUAGAUUAAGUGAUCCGAAGCUAGAACAAAUAAUGGAGACAGUAUGCAGGCCGACGCUUAAGAAGUUUGUGAUUAGAAUUAAUUUUCAUAGUCCAGUGAUAGCCAACAACGAUACAAUUGUAGCUAUUUGCAAUGUACUUGAGAAUAAUGAGAAUCUUGAGUAUCUGCAUUUGCCAACUAUGUGUGUGAAACCAGACCAACGUUUCUUACUACCUAUCGCAAAAGCAUUGAGUAAGAAUUCAAGUCUCACAACUUUGAUAUUGGAGUUUAAACUUACAGAAGAAAGCUUGGAACUCUACACUUCAGAAGAUAUCAAAGCUGUUGGUGAUAUGUUGGAAGAAAAUAAGGCUCUUCGUUUUCUCCACCUGAUGGUGGAUAUCCCUAACCCUAACUCUAAAACUAAUCCCGACUGGUCUCCGAUUAUCGAGGGUCUAAAACUCAAUGAAACAAUUGAAGAAUUACAUAUUCCAUUAAGUGCAAGAGGAAGUGCUAUAAAAUGCAUCGACUAUGUUCAUGUUAGGAGUAGAAUAAAGUUUGCGGUGGUCUAUGAGAUUCAUGAGAUGUCGUCUACCGACGAGGGAUAUCCGUCUAGUAUAUCUAAUCAACCGCUGCCAUACAAUAUGGCUGAGACCACGAGAGAGAGCCAAUCGUUGACCAUGCAGCAGACGCCAUAUUAUAAUACCUCGGAUACUCGUGCUUCUAUUGAGGAAGAGUCCAAACCAUCAACCAUAAUUGGUGUUAAGAGAAAAAAAGAGGACAAAAAAGACGAGUCAGGAAGACCAACGCUUGGCUCCAUUCUGACUCUCGAUGAUUUGGGGUCUGUUAAUGAGAAACUGAUCAAAGUCGCUGGUAACUGGAAGGAACUAGGACUUGCCCUGGGAUUACAUUCUGGAACCCUCAAAAAUAUAGAACAAGACUAUCGCAAGAGCAAGGACUAUCUACGUGAAAUGCUAACUGUUUGCUUGGAGACUGCCAAUCUCACCUAUUCUAAAAUAUGUCAGAGUCUCAGAGCACCAGCAGUUAGACAAGAUGCCCUCGCUGAUGCUAUAAAGGAGGAAUUUACAGAUGAUGAUACUUUGCCUGGGCCAUCGAAGAGGCAACAAUUGUCUUCUGGACCAACCAUGCAGUGAUUGAAUCACCUUAGUUAAUCGGCUUAAUUUAUGUUGAUAGUGAUAGAAUAAAACAUAAUUAUCUCAAAGAUUACUGUACAUACAUUAUUCAAGUAUAAGAAAGUUUGGUCCUAUAUAUUAAUGUAUAUUUCUCACUUUUACCUAUACAUAGUUUGGAGGACCCAAUGUUGUUGAAUGUUCCACUUUAUUAUUUUCGUUUCAAAACCCAAAUCCGAUAAUUGUUCCACCAUG